AUGUUAAAUAUCGGUGAGGCCAUGACGGUGGUUGUCGGCAUCUCGUCCGCCAUGGGCAUAGUUGUCACCGUCUACCAUUGCCAGUUCCCCUCGCGCUUGUGGCGGUGGCGAGAGAGUAAGAUGAGGGACCCCGAACGGGGAGAGGGUGAAUUGUUCCAAGAGGCAGGGAUGGUGCUGGGUGAGAAGCCUUUGGCGCGUUGGCAUUUGUCUCGUUGGGAAGCUUCAAUACCAAAGUUGGGCCCCUACAGCACGCUGCUGGUGACUACCAAGGCACAACCUCAAGCUAUCGCCAUCACAUCCCUUUACCAAUUGUUCUUAUUUAUCUAUGGACAUACCGAGCACAUGUUCGAACCCUUCCAAGAUACCACACCAGGAUCAGCCUGCAAGAGAGGACAUUACUGGCGGACGGCUCUAUGA